UAGGGUUAGGGUCAGGUGCAGAUUGAGUUCUUCCUGAAAUACAUAUCUCAUUGGUUGAGUCAAAAGUAAAGGCAGUUCUUGGGAGUGGAGGAAUUACCUGUAACUGCUUGAGCCAGAGGGGGCACUCACUAACAGCACAGGAACCGGCAGCAGCAGCAGCACAAACAAACGAGCGCCAGCUCCCUGUGCGACUAUUUGCCUUCCCCACCUCCCGGAUCCAUGCCAUUGGUACAUCCUGCUGAGCCACGUCAGGCAAAAGUCACUGGGGCAACCUGGCAUUAAAGAAACCCCCGUGAAAGGGAGGAAUUGGAACUGUCUACAACCCGAGUAACAAUCAGCUCCGGAAUGUUUAUGCGAGUUCGUCAGUGAAAGUCAUCAGCAGCCAAUCCCGAAGCGCCAAGAUAAGAAAGCCCCGCCUAGUCUCCCAGAGACCUUUGGUAAAGCAGGUAUAGCAAUGCAGUAGAGGGCGUGUACCUAGUGCUGCUCAUCAUCCAGAGGUGUUUAAGACACUUCCGGCAUGUUCCACGCUGGUUUGCCGGUUUGUGAGUGUCUGCAGAUUGCUGAACGAGGAAAUGCUACCAGCAGACACAGUGCUUUUUAUCUGAUUGCUAACAUUCUCUAGACAUUUUGUGUUUGAAAUUCCUGGGAUCUGCUUGAACAAACCAUGGAACACUCACCCAACACCACAACCAGCAGUUGCAUAUUAAAAAGGACCAUUUUGUACUUGAUCCUCAUAUCUCUGGCUGCACUUGUUUACUGUGAUAAUGACUACUAUGAUUUACUCGGUGUGUCAAAAGGAGCAACCAACAGAGAAAUAAGACAGGCAUUUAAGAAGUUGGCUCUUAAAUUACAUCCUGAUAAAAAUACGAAAGAUCCAGACGCACAUGAUAAGUUUUUAAAAAUAAACCGAGCAUAUGAAGUCCUCAAAGAUGAAGAUCUCAGAAAGACAUAUGAUAAAUAUGGGGAAAAGGGUCUGGAUGACCAACAGCAAGGAGGAGGAGGAUACGAGAGCUGGAGUUACUAUCGCUACGAUUUUGGCAUUUAUGAUGACGACCUGGAAAUUGUCACUUUGGACAGAGGAGACUUUGAUGGUGCAAUCGAUUCAGGAGAGGUGUGGUUCAUCAAUUUCUAUUCUCCUGGAUGUUCACAUUGUCACGAUCUGGCACCAACGUGGCGACAGUUUGCCAAAGAAAUGGAUGGACUCCUCCGAAUAGGAGCGGUAAACUGUGGUGAUAACAGAAUGCUCUGUAGGAGCCAAGGAAUUAAUAGCUACCCAAGUCUCUACAUUUUCGAAAGUGGAAUGAAUCCAGUUAAGUUCUAUGGAGAUCGUUCCAAAGAAAGACUGGUUAAUUUUGCAAUGCCGUAUGUAUCCAGUACUGUAACAGAGUUAUGGACAGGAAACUUUAGAAGUUCUAUAGAGGAUGCAUUCUCUUCUGGUGUUGGCUGGCUAAUCACUUUCUGUAGUGAUAUAGGAGAUUGCCUAACUUCACAGACAAGAACAAAGCUUGCAGGAUUGCUGGAAGGUCUUGUUAAAGUGGGAUGGAUGGACUGUGCUACCCAGGGUGAUCUUUGUGAUAAUUUGGAAAUUACAUCAAGUGCUACAGUUUACUUCCCACCCGGUUCCACAUUAAUGGACAAGGAGAAAGGCGAUGUUUUGUUUCUUAAUUCUUUAGAUACAAGGGAGAUCUAUAAAGAAGUGCUUAAACACCUCCCUGAUUUGGAAAAGAUUUCUCCAGAAUCUUUACAGGGCAAGUUAUCCCAUCAUCGCUGGCUUAUUUUUUUUACAUUUGGAACAGAUGAACAAUCCAGUCUUCCAGAGCUCAAAAAACUGACAGUUCUCCUCCGUAGUGAACAUGUCCAGGUUGGCAAGUUUGAUUGUUAUUCCAGCCCUUCAAUCUGCAGUCAGCUUUAUAUUCGCAAGCCAUGUGUUGCAGCAUUCAAAGGGAAAGGCAUCAGCACCUAUGAAAUACAUCAUGGGAAAAUGCAGCUGUAUGAUUUGGUUUCCUUUGCCAAAGAAAGUGUCAAUUCCCAUGUCGUUACACUGGGACCCACAAAUUUUCCAGGAAAUGACCGAGAUGCUUGGCUUGUUGACUUCUUUGCUCCUUGGUGCCCUCCAUGUCGUGCAUUGCUACCAGAACUCCGGAUAGCAUCUAAACGUCUUUUUGGUCAAAUAAAGUUUGGAACGUUGGACUGUACCAUCCAUGAAGGACUCUGCAAAACGCACAAUAUAAGAGCUUAUCCCACAACAGUAGUGUUCAACCAGUCCACCGUCUAUGAAUAUAAAGGACAUAAUGAUGCUGAAGAGAUUCUGGAGUUUAUAGAGGACCUUCGUAAUCCUUCAGUUGUGACUCUCACACCGGAGACUUUUCAAUUUCUGGUAAGAAAUCGGAGAGCAGAUGAGAUCUGGAUGGUGGAUUUCUAUGCUCCAUGGUGUGGACCAUGCCAAGCACUAAUGCCCGAGUGGAAACACAUGGCAAAGCAUAUAAAUGGCUUAAUCAGUGUUGGAAGUGUGGACUGCCAGAAGUACAGCUUAUUCUGCACUCAGGAACGUGUAAAUUCCUUUCCAGAGAUUCGAUUUUACCCUUCCAAUAUAAAUCCCCAUCAUACCUACUAUCGUUAUACUGGCUGGCACCGAGAUUCACAGACACUUAGAAAUUGGGCACUUAUGUAUCUACCUAAAGCAUCUUUUGACCUAACGCCAGAAAGUUUUUAUGAACAAGUGAUCAAUGGAAAAGAUGACUGGGUCCUAGAUUUCUAUGCCCCUUGGUGUGGCCCAUGCCAGAACUUUAAUCCAGAAUUUGAAUUGUUAGCAAGAGCUGUUAAAGGUAAAAUUAAGGCUGGGAAAGUGAACUGUCAGGCCCAUGAGCAUCUCUGCAAUUCUGCAUCCAUCAGAGCUUAUCCGACUGUAAGGCUGUACCCUUACAAUGGAUCAAAACAGAAAGAUUAUUUUGGGGAACAAAUAGACACAAGAGAUGCAAAAGAAAUAGCCCAAAUCAUAACAGAAAGAAUAGAAGCAAUUAAAAGGGAGAUGGAAGCUUAUAGUAAGGAUGAAUUGUGAUAAAUGGUAAAGGUAUUUUAGAUAGGACUUGACUGAUGAAAUUCUGUGGAUCAUUUAUGAAGAGAUUAUUAUAGAGAUUAAUGGACAUGCUGGCAGUCUGAGUGCAACACGAGUGGGAAACAGCUGCUGAAGGAAAGACUUCUCACUUCUUUUAUUUUACAUCGAAUCGCUCAAACUGGAUUAUUCCUCAUCCAUUUUGAAACUUUUUCAGAAUUCACGUGCAUUUCAUAUUGCUAAACUCAAGUGCAAUUCACCUUCUCACUGACCUGGAAGUAACUUUCGGUUGAUCUAGAUGGAACCUACUAUGAAUCCAGCUCUUGGACAUCUAGCAUGCUGGUGGAAGGUUAACUCUUAAAGGGGAAGUUUAUAGGCUUGAUCUUUUAUCGGUUUAGUGUUUCUUUUUAAUAUUCUGAAUGGAGGAGAAAGAGAAGGCAAUACUAUAAGGACAUAUAUUUUGGAAUUUGGAUCCUGAUAAAUAGGCUGGAGUAGGGUGGAAAAUCAAAUCCUAAAUCGUUCAGAAAUUCAGAAAAUAGCUUGUUCCAGUGCUGAAAUUGUUAAAUAUGGGAUCAUGGUUAGAUUUUCUCUUUCUGAUAAGUUUGGAUAAUGUUUGUAAAAAAAUAACGAUGCUUCAUAGAUCUGCCCCUUUUUCACAUUUCCCUCUCAUUUGCAUGGAAGGCCAAUGCUUCUCCGGUCUUCAUGCUUUGUACUUGGUGCAGAUGCACAGUCAGGUUAUUCACAAUGACCCAUGCUUGUUUCUAAUGUCUCUAUGCUAUUUUGGGGCUAUCCUGAAGGAGGUUAUAGUUUCAUUAUAGCCGUUUUUUUACCUUAGCCUUAUGGUGUUCUUUAUUGUGCCUUUACUGAAGAGCCAGAGGAAUGGUCACUGGCUGCUUAGAUACAAUUCUGAGAAUUAAAUUUGACAUGACACCGGGCAAUCAAGAAAAACCUUUUACUGAAAUGGAGAAUUGUUCUUUCAUACUUAUCUAUAAAUUGUAUCACUGCCAUGAACAGUGGAAUUAGGAUUGUAGAAGUGUUGACACUUUCUUGAAGACUUGAUGUAAUUCUGUCAGUAAAUAACCCAAACAGCCUCUAAGUAGGGAGAAGCUGUUGCUCUUCUUACUUUCACAUAUGCCAGUCCAACAGAAAGGGCCAUUGGCAACUGGACUUGACCUCCCCCCCCCCACCACCAUACCCAGACUGUGAGGCAUUAUAGUUAAAAUCAGGCUGAUUAACUGGGCAUGUAAAACUACCUUUCCCUGGUUUUUCUGGUGAAAGAGAAGGACAUGUACAGUAAUAGUGAGUAUAUAAAGCCAAAAAAGUUCAGAGCCAUAUAAUGUUUUAAUUGCACAAUAUAAUUACAGUGUCACCUUUUCUGACAUUUCCCCCCCUCCCUCACAUAUGAUUUUAAGCCAUUAUUUAUGAUACUCUGUCUUUUAAAGCAAGAUUUCUUUAUAGGUCAUAUAUUAAAGUCAUUACAGAUCCAAAUUGUCCCAUAACUCUUGUGUUUUUAAUCAGUGACUGUAAUAAUAAAACCUGGGUAGGUAUUUAUGACUCCUCUGGCCUUACUGUAGUCUAUAUCCCCUGGGUAUCAGGAAUUUGUUCUGUUGGUACAUACACGUGGUCUCAUUUGUAACAUGUAAAUAUUUAAGCUUUUUGCUUUUACUACAGCUUCCAGACGCACCCCAGCAGGCUUCAGUCAGUCGAGGGGUACUGGUAGUUGUAUACAACAAAGCAAUGGGUGAUUGUGAUGGGCAUUCUCAGAGGAGAUAGAUAACAUAUCCCUUACAAGCUGUUUUAUGACAAGGUUACAAUUUAUAGUAAAAGGUGGUUUAUUUAAAAAAAUAUGUUAUGGAAAAAUUGCAAUUUGAGCUGUUGAGUGUUGGAUCACCUUAAUAUUUUCAAUUCCAAAUUGAAAGUAAUCUACAACCAGCACCUUGAAUGAGGUUUUUUUUUAGGGAGUAUGCCUUUUUUCCUGCCGAGAUCUGAUCCAGUAUUUUAAAUUGUUCUCCGGGACUAUUACAUUGUACUAGCAAACCUCUCACCUACCUUGUAUAGUACUAUAUUAUACAAGUACUGCCAUUAGAAAAUGAACAUUAUUGUGUUGUUGAGGCAUGGUACCUGUAAUGGCAGUAGUCAAAGUCAGUGUUGCAAACGUUUAAGACCCCUACCUUUUCUCUAGUCGGUGGUGCAUGAAGGAGGGGCCACAGUUCCCAGGAAGCUUUGCAUGAAUCUGGUCUGGCCAAUCAUUUAAAGUUAUCACAUUAAGACCAUUUUGCACAUUUUUGCUCUUGCACAUGUUUUUCCUUAUGGUAUUCUAUGAUCUGUUCUAUCUAUUCCAGGUUACAUAUCUAUUCCUAUCAGGGUACUGUGAAGUCACCGGGUGGGCAUGCCGAUAUGAUUGCUUCCCAGACUGUGGCUGGCUUUGCUAGUUAAAAACGGAGCAGUGCUGGGGCCUAGGCCUGAAGCCAUGUAGGGGGAGAUUUAGGUAUAAUACCUAUUUGCUCUGCUAGAUACCACUGAAAAGCCAUCUUGAUGGUCAGUCAGGAUUAUAUAUCAAAACCUUGUUUAUUUAUUUAUGAAAAACUAUUGUUAAAUUAUAGACAACAAGCGCAAUGGAAAGAGCAUUGUUCAGUUCCUUUUUUAAAAUGUUAAAGCUCACCAGGUUUUCUAAUUUCUAAUUUUUCAAUUUUAAUCAAUGUGGUUUUCUAAAUUUCUAAUUUUUCAAUUUUAAUCAAUGUACCUCUUCAAGUCAAAUUUUUCAUUUGCUUUUCCUUUAAACAUUUAGUAGCAGUACAUUUACCCCCCCCCCCCCCAUGUUAUUUGAUACAUAUUUGCACCGGGGGCACUUUAUAGAGACACGAUUGCGUCGUUUUGCUGCUAAAUUUCAUUAACAAACAAACUUUUACAUUUCCUCUAUUUUAAGGGAUUUCAAAGACUUGGUAUACUCUUUUAUGUUUCUCCCUAUGUUUCUUGCUGUCUCUCUUCUGCCUCAAAAUGAUACUAAGUGCUAAUUAAUGGGGGUUUUGUUUUCAUUUUAAACUUAACUAAAACGGUUAUCAUCGUCUGACUCUGACUUGGUAUGUUGUUACUGGUCUUUUGGUUUUCUUUAAAUCAUUUUGUGGCUACUUAACCAUUUUCACGCUCACUUAACCAUUAGUAUUUCUGGACAUUCCUCCAAAUUUUCUCUCUGUUUCCUUUGCCAUCUGGCGCCCCUUUAUCUUCUCCUGCAAAAAUGUCCUGCUUUAUUGUAUAUAUUGAAUUUAGUCUACCAGCAUAGAGGUUCAGCAGCCUUAUGACAGCAAUGAUCCAGGGCUUCCAUAGAAGCGUCCCAUGUUGGGCCACUUUUUGAGUGUCCGUUGCACUGCACACAGGGCCGCCAUUAGAAAUCACGGGGCCCCGUACAACAAAAUUUUUGGGGCCCCCUGGGC